AUAGGACAUCUGAAACCACUGGAUUCCAGGUAGUUAGGUGCUGGGACUCAACACAAAACGAGGUAGACCUGGUCCAUGACCUCAUAUUUUAAUAUUUCUGUCUCGUAAGUCAGACGGUGGCUCUCUGAAGUUGUGGCAUCAAACUCACAGAGAUUCACCUGCAUCUAUCUGCCUUCCAAGUGUUGAGAUUAAAGGCGUUCGUUAUCUACCAAGCCAGUCCACCAGUCUGGUGACCAGCUGAUUUCAAUGAGCUGGAAUGGAAGGAAGGCGAUGACAAAGCAGGUGUGACUAGGUCUGACAAGGGCCAGAGAUGUCUUAAAGGAUGGACAUCAAACCUAAAACCUGGAGAGGAAUCCGCACCACAGAGAAACACAGUAGCUGUCACUUGCGAUGGGCUUGAGAAAUGGCCAGGGAAAAGGAACGCAGUGAGGAACAGACCAAAGACAGAACUGUCUCCAAACCACCCUUGUUCACCGAUACGCCCAUCUUCGCCUUCACUGAUCAUUUCGCUCAUACCUAAGUAAAAACUCUUCUCGGAGUUACACCACCACCAUGGACGCCUGAUUCCAGGCGUGUCUCAACUCUUCUGGGAUUCUCCGCCUGCAACUCACUGCCGCCCGGAACCGGCCCGCCCAACGCGAUGACGUCAGUGCGCGCGCGCCCUCGGGAGGAGUAGGGGCUGCGGGCCGGCAGGCGCCCAGGCUACGGCUCCGCACGCUUCGGCGAUGGAGUUUCCGGACCUCGGGGCUCACUGUUCCGAGCCGAGCUGUCAGCGCUUGGAUUUUUUGCCACUCAAGUGCGAUGCCUGCUCCGGCAUCUUCUGUGCAGACCAUGUGGCCUACGCCCAGCAUCACUGUGGAUCAGCUUACCAAAAGGAUAUCCAAGUACCUGUGUGCCCCCUCUGUAAUGUGCCUGUGCCGGUGGCCAGAGGGGAGCCUCCUGACCGGGCAGUGGGAGAGCACAUUGACAGAGACUGCCGCUCUGAUCCUGCACAGCAAAAACGCAAGAUCUUCACCAAUAGGUGUGAACGUUCUGGCUGCCGGCAGAGGGAGAUGAUGAAACUGACCUGUGACCAAUGUGGCCGAAACUUCUGCAUCAAGCACCGUCACCCACUGGACCAUGAUUGCUCUGGCGAGGGUCAUCUGACCAGCCGGGCAGGGCUUGCUGCUAUCUCCAGAGCACAAGGUCUGGCUUCCACAAGCACUGUCCCCAGUCCAAGUCGAACCUUACCUUCCUCUUCCUCUCCCAGCAGAGCCACAUCCCAGUUUCCACCCCGGACAUCCCCUCCAGUGAUUACUUUGCAGAACGGCAUGAGUGAGGAUGAGGCUCUGCAACGUGCCCUGGAGCUGUCCCUCACAGAAGCUAAACCCCAGGUCCCAAGUUCUCAGGAGGAAGAAGACUUGGCACUAGCACAGGCACUGUCAGCCAGUGAGGCAGAAUACCAACAGCAGCAGGGUACCCAGGGAAAGGAAGCACAGAGAAAUCCGGAUUGCAGAGACAAGCAGGAGUGACAUGGAGGACACUCCAUGGAGCCUGGGAAAGAAGUUUGUGUGGCCAAGCCUUUCAGACUUUGCUAGCCCUGCUGCUGCAGAAAGGGUGGCCAGGAAACCAUUCUGUCUGGGACCUUGGUAGACUCCAUCCCCAGACCCUUCAUCAUGUUGUCCUUCCCUCCCCCCCAGCCCCAGGCUGCCACAUGUAGUGGACAGAGCAAGGCCUGGGAGAGUAAAGACGUUGGCAGUUAGUAAUA